UUGGAGGCGGAUACGAGCCUGUUAUUGAUGCUCCACACAGAUGAAGAUGCCAGAUGCACAGACGCAUCAGUUAUCAUGUUUUCUGCUUUUUGCAUUAGUUGUCCGCCUCGGUUCAGCGGCGGAGGUCUCCGUGUGGAACGUGGAGAUCAACUCGACACAGGAUGCAGUGUUUCGAAAGACGCUGUACGCCAACACCACCAUUUUCAUGAAGUUCCAGGGUGACACGGCGUCAUGUGAUAAAAACCUGGCCUUCAACAUCAGCUGGUACCUGCGCUCCUCUGUCUGCUACAACGAGGUCUUCAACACGCCGGACAACAAGGCGAUGAACAUGUUCGACAUGGAUCACAUGUUGAAGGAGGACUGGAGCGGCUUCUACAGCCACGGCUACAUGUACUUUGAGAACUGCUCCUCCCUCUUCUUACCAAAGGUGUAUUACCCCGACUUCAACCCAUAUCAGCCCCUCACCAGCCCCAAGAGUGACCCGUCCAAUCAGAGCCUCAUUUGGCCCGACAAACCGGACAUCAGUGCCGUGGCCAAGGCCUGGGGGGACAGUCCCUACCUGUUCAUAGUGAAAGUGCAGCCCAUUUUCCGCGGAGUCGACGACGAAGAAAACGUAGCGGAGCAGCUCAACUUCGCCUUCACAAUGAAAGUGGAGAUGAAGGGACCACAUGACUACUCCUCUCCUGCAGACUGGCCUCUGAUGAUGUUCUUCAUGUUGAUGUGCAUCGUGUACGUGCUGUUCGGCGCUCUGUGGCUCUUCUGGUGCGCCUGUUAUUGGAGAGAUCUGCUGCGGAUCCAGUUCUGGAUCGGAGCCGUCAUCAUCCUCGGCAUGCUGGAGAAAGCCGUGUUUUACUCAGAGUACCAGAGCAUCCGCUACAAAGGAGACUACGUCCAAGGCGCAGUGAUUUUUGCCGAGCUGCUCUCUGCUCUCAAAAGAUCUCUCGCUCGAAUCCUGGUGCUCAUCGUCAGUCUGGGAUACGGCAUAGUCAAACCCAGGUUGGGCACAUCAGUGCAUCGGCUGGUAGCUGUCGGGCUCCUCUACCUUCUCUUCUCCUCCGUGGAAGGUGUGCUCAGAGUCACAGGAGGUUUCUACGGGACGGUGGCUCUGGUGGCGAACCUCGGCCUCUCCCUUAUUGACUCCUGCGUCAUGUGGUGGAUUUUCAUCAGCCUGUCUCAGACCAUUCGCCUCCUGCAGCUGCGCAGAAACGUUGUGAAGCUGGCUCUCUACAAACACUUCACCAACACGCUCAUCUUCUCUGUGGUCGCUUCCAUCAUCUUCAUCAUCUGGACCACCAAAGUGUUCAAGCUGGUGGACUGCCAGAGGGGAUGGAGGGACUUGUGGGUCGACGAUGCUUUCUGGCGCCUGCUGUUCUCCACCAUCCUGAUGGUGAUCAUGGUGCUGCUGCGGCCCUCUGCUAACAGCCAGAGGUUCUCUCAUUCUCCUCUGAUUGAUGAAGAUGACGAUGAGGAAGAGGCCAAGGAGCCCAUGCUGAAUGAAGCUUUUGAGGGAAUGAAGAUGAGGGGAUCCAAGCCGGACUCUAAUGGCUCCCAGAAACUAUUGAGUAAAGAGGAUGAAGACCUAAAAUGGGUUGAGGAAAACAUUCCUACAUCUGUCAUUGAUGUAGCUCUCCCUGUAAUGCUGGAUGAGGAAGAGGAGAUUCUGAAAACCAAGUUGGAGCGAUCCAAAAUGGAGUAGAAGUCGUCGUGAGGAGAGGAUGUGAUGUAUUGGAAAGAAAGCAAUUUCACUGAGGCAGCAAUGAAUGCGUUCUCAGUGAUCUGAUUACCAAAAGAAAUGUGGGAAAAGCCAACCUUUCUCUUCUCCAGACACUUUGCGUUUCUGGUUUUAUUUCACAGGUAUUGUCGCACUGUAAUAAGCUCCGAGAAUAGUUUUUCAUAUUAAGAUCUUUACUGCGCAACAUGUAGUUUGGAGGGGUUGGUUUUCAGGAGGGAGGGGAAACUGAUGCAAGAGCACUUUGAUACAUAUAUUAAUUGUUUUGAAGACGCAUUCAAUGUCACAAAAUAGGUUAAAAUUCAACAGAAUACGUGCAUUUUACACAAUUAGAAAGUGCAUUGGAAUUAGACUAAAACAAUAUUUCACAUAUAAGAAACGACGCAAUUCAAUCCAAUUGAAAAAGUGAUCCUAGCGCCUGAUUUGUCAAAUUUGUAGGACUGCAACGACUGAUUACUGAUCCGUUCAGGUACAAAUCAUGUUGAUAAUUGGGCAGUUUUAUCCAGCCAGAUAUAUCUGAUAAUUGUACAGAUGGAGCUUAAAACACACGCUGAAAACGGCAAGUUAUUGUUCAUAAUGAAGUCUGAUACUUGAACUUCUCUAUAAUGUGCUGUAAAAAGACUAGAAAUGUAAAAAAAAGCAGUUUUCAUAAUAACAAUACAUUUCAUAUUUAAAUAUAUAGAUAUGGUGUGAUUAGCCAUUUAACCAGAUAACAACAAUUUAUUAUUUCAUAAGCUAAUUUCUUAUAGCUUCUUCAACAAAUCAUAUAUGUAUAUCGUUUUGUUAACACACGACUAACACUGUUAUCUGGCUCAAUGAUUAAUCUAAAUAUAGAAAUACAGAACUUACUUUUAUAAUUUGUGAACACGGUGAAUCAGUGUGUAUUGAAACUUGAAGCAUAUCACCGUAAGAUGUACAUGUGUGUGUUAACGACAACACACUGUUAUCUGUUCUGGGAGAAUGUAAUAUAUAUAAACACAGUGUCAUCGGAGGCAUUCAGAUUGUCAUCCGAGGUGUUCAGAUUGUCAUCAGAGGCGUUCAGAUUGUCAUCAGAAGUGUUCAGAUUGUCACUUCAACGCUUCAAUUUCAAGCUCCUGGAAAUAAGAGUCUAAUAAUAGCGAUUUUAGAGCUUUUACUGACAAAUGAAAGACUGCACGGUCCUCAGAGGGGAAACAUUUAUGAAAAAGACCCGCUUUCAAGGAUAAGUAGUCUAAAAUUAAGGAUGUUUAUUUUAUUUUUAUCUCUAAAAAAUAAGCUUUUAUAGCGUCUCCAUUAAUAGCUGUGAUUUAUGUCUACUUAAUUUCACCAUUUAUUUUAGCUACUGUAUCACAGAAUCCACUGCUAAGCCUCACAGAUGUGGUGUCGGCCUACAUUUAAAUUAUGUACUGUAUGUAUGUAAUCCUUUCUCAGAGUUUUGCCACCCUAAUUCAGUUGCACAGUGUAGAUUAAAAUGAAAAAUCUGUACAUGCUAAAUGAAUCAUUUCCAUUUCACCCAUCAAUCCCAUUUACACUCCCAAUAAUCCUGCCUUUCUGUGGCAGAAUGAUAUGCCCGUCCUUGUUAAAACUACUGCAGUACAGUAUGUGUGUAUGUUUUAAAACUCUUAAUUAAUGUCUCUUUUUUUUAAUAUAUAUUUGUCCAACUCUUGUUGAGGAUUUAUUUUUAUUUUAGAGAGAAACUACAGCCCAAUUUCUGGAUGUGAGUCUGCGUAGUAAUGUAAAGCUGAUGAUAUUGUAUGGCUUUUUGCGUGUGUCCUGCAAAUAAAAUUUAUAUUAUAACACAA